CUGAGAGGCUGAUUUAUACGGACUGCCGAACCAAUAAUACCCAACUGGCAACAACAACCGAGGCAUCUGAAGAGCCACGAGAUCCCACGGCACUGGCACGCCGAAAGACGAGACAAGGCAAAAGGAACACAAUCAGUUCUCUGAAAGUUGCAUUUUCUAAAAAGGUCAACCGCGCAAGAGAUCCAUUAUCAGAAAUGCAUACAAAGGUUUCAAUAUAAAGCCGAAAAUACUGUAAGAAGAAGAAUCGAAAGACAGGGAUUGGCAUCUUAAGACUCUCCCCGCGUGGUUAAAGCCAUGAGGAAAGUAUUCCAGAUGUUCGACCAGGGGAAAACGGGCUUUGUGGAAUGCGCCAAAUUUGUCAACAUCCUGAACACUCUCGGCCAGACCUUCGACGAGGACGAGCUCAAGGCCAGAAUCGCCGAGAAUGACCCUGACAAGGAAGGCAAAGUGGACUUCGACAGGUUCUGCUCCAUCGUCAUGCCCUUCCUGGAGGAGGACGACGACGAGGCCAUGCACGAGGAACUGAAGGAGGCGUUCAGACUGUACGACAAGGGCG